GAAACAGCAAUACCCCUCCCCCUAAUUUCACUCGGUUCUCUCUUCCGCAUCGCCUUUCUUCUCCUUCCCGUCGCUUCUUCUCCGAUUGGAACCCUAAUCCUUCUCUUCUUUUUCCACCGGCGUCCGGUGAAACCGAGCGGCCGGCGGUCGUCUCUUCUGGCGUUCUUGGGCUCCCCGUCCCGGUGAAACCCCAAUCCUACCGACAUUGGCAUCGUCAUUUCGCCGAGAUUCUUCUGCUCAGCGAUCGGCCCGUACAACUGGUGGAAGAAAGAAAAAUUCUUUGGAUCCCGAGAAGAUCUUGAAAAGACCAUAAUUUAUAAGUGGAGAGACAAGAAAAAGGACCUGAAGUCUGGCAGUAAAGAGAUUAUAUGGGUCCUACGAAAAAAUCUCGAGUUGUGAACAAGUGCUCAUCUAAAGCUAAUGAGGAGCGGCCCGAUAAUGAUGGAACCAGCACAAACAACAGGAAAAUAAGAAAGAGGAAAUCGUCAGAUGUGCUGGGUUCUCGAUGGAGCAAGGAAGAUUUGAAACGCUUUUAUGAAGCAUAUCGCACAUAUGGAAAAGAUUGGAAAAAAGUGGCUGCAGUUAUACGUAACAGAUCCAUUGAUAUGGUGGAGGCCCUUUAUAAUAUGAAUAGGGCAUACCUGUCUCUUCCAGAAGGCACAGCUACUGCAGCUGGAUUAGUUGCAAUGAUGUCUGACCAUUACAACAUUCUGGAUGGAAGUGACAAUGACCGGGACAGCAAUCAAGUGUCGAAAGCAUCUCACAAGUCUCAGAAACAUGGCCAUGGGAAACCUCCACUUGACAUGCCAAAAGGAUGUGAAGGCCCUCAUCCUGAUUAUUUGCAAAAGCUGUCAGCCAUGUCAAGUUCUGGGUGCCCACCUUUAUUGAAAAACCGUUUUGGAGAUUUGUUUGGCGGCAAUUGGCCUCGUGCUGUUGGAAAGAGGACUCCUCGCUUCCCUGUUCCAUUUUGGCACGACAAUAAUGAAAGAAAUAAUAUUAUUUCACCAAAAAGGCAUGAUUUGAAUUUUAGGGAAGAUGCUUCUGCUGAUGAAGGUGUACAUGGUGCAGUUUUAGCUUUAGCAGAAGCUUCUCAGAGAGGAAGGCCAUUACAGAUUUCUGAGACAUGUGAUGGAAAAGCAGAAUGUGUCGGAUCCUCUCCCAUGUGGAGUGGUAAAACAGGGCAUGCUCAACCAGGUAUGACCAAUCCUGGUUACAAUAGUUUUGGAAUUGAUCGCGAGUCUGUGCAAGGUAGUUUGCAAAGCAUGGAGGCAGAUAAUGGGGGUUUCACCAGUGAUGCUAGACUAUCAGAUAUUGAAGGUACUGGUGCACGUAAAAUUCAAAGUGAAGUGAAGAAGUUGCAAGGAAAGAAGUCAAAAGGUCCAGGCAUCCAGAUCCACCAAUUUGAUGAUGCAAGGGAGGCUUGUAGUGGUGCUGAAGAAGGCCAUAAUGUCAGACAUGUUAAAGAUGAAAUUGACACAGAAGUUAGAGAACAAAAAACUGCCAUAGGUUUGCAGGAUCCAGGGAAGAAAAUUCACGAACUCUUUUCUCCAGAUGAAAGCUGUGCCCUAGAUGCUCUACAGACUUUGGCAGAUUUGUCUGUGAAGAUUCUGUUGCCCAAUUCUGCUUCUAAAUCUACAAAGCAAGAAAGUGAUAAAUCCAGAAUCUCUGUCAUAAAGGAUAGGGGAUAUUCUUCAGAUGUUGGGGUUCAUGUUGUUCAGCAAAAAAGUGUACAUAUGAAUCUCUCGCCUAACGAAAAUUCAAUCUUUGAAGCAAGGAAGACAGUCUACUCAUCUAUCAGUGAGAUGUCAAAAAGAAAGUGGAAGCACCCAGAAGAAAUGGUCUCAGUUGAAGAAGGGAAAACCUCCUCUAGUGGCCAACUCGUUCCACUGGCAAAACAAAGAAAAAAUAUUCAGAUGCCUGGUUGCUCAUCUUUAAGUACUGAUUUGGGCAGAGGAGUGACAAGCUUAACCGAACCAAAUCCACAAGUUUUGGCUGCAAACCAUCCUAGUGUUCCAACCAGAACUAGGAACAGGCGUAAAAUAAGUUUGCAGAAAGCAAUGGCUCAGAGGAAGUCCAGAUUUUCUGAUGGAGUUGGAGAUCAAGGCCUGAGUGCAUGCUCACAUUUUGCCAAUAGCAAGGCAGCUGAUCUGGAGGGAAAACUUUCUCACUGCCUAUCUUCGCAAUUACUACGUAGAUGGUGUGCAUUUGAGUGGUUCUACAGCUCAAUUGAUUAUCCAUGGUUUGCUAGAAGUGAGUAUGUGGAAUACUUAAAUUAUGUAAGAUUGGGUCAUGUACCCAGAUUAACUCGUUGUGAGUGGAGCAUUGUACGAAGUUCUCUUGGCAAACCGCGUCGAUUAUCUAAACAAUUUUUGUCGGAAGAAAGGGAGAAACUAAACCAGUAUCGUGAGUCAGUGAGGACUUAUUAUGAUGAAUUGCGUGCUGGUGUGAGGGAGGGGCUUCCAGAAGAUUUAGCCCGACCUUUGUCAGUUGGUCAGCGUGUUAUUGCCCGUCACCCAAGAAAAGGUGAAAUUCAUGAUGGAAGUAUACUGACAGUUGAUCGAGACCAGUGCAGGGUUCAAUUUGACAGGCCUGAUCUAGGGGUUGAGUUUGUGAUGGAUAUUGACUGUAUGCCUCUAAAUCCAUGGGAGAAUAUGCCUGAAGAUCUUAGAAAACAGAAUGGUGUCGGUUACCAUUUAUGCAACAACUUUACUGGUAAAAAGCCUGAUGGUCAUAUAAUGGAACUGAAAAUGGAUAGUUCUGCAAAGUUUUCUCUAAAAAAGAGUUUGGAGAUUGCAGAUGGAGCUUCUAUUUUGACCUCAACUAAAUAUCCAUGGAUUGCAUUGAAUAAGCAGGCUAAGGGUGAUAUGAAAGAUGCCAAUGCACUGGGCAAAUAUUCUGCAAGUGAAGUUGCUGUUGUUGCACCACAUACGAUUGGCAAUCAACCUUAUACAUCGGCACAGAUCCAAGAAAGGGAAGCUGAUGUUAGAGCCCUUGUGGAGCUGACUUGUGCUUUGAAUAAACAGGAAGCACUGCUGAUGGAACUGAGGGAAAUGAAUGAGGAAGCAGCUGGAAAGAAAAAGGAUGGAGAUUCAGAAAGGGACUUAGGACACUUCAGAAAGCAGUACAACACUAUGGUAGUCUCAUGGCUACGAGAAGCCAGCGACCAGGUUCGUUCUGCCCUGCUUGUUUUAAGACAACGUAACACUUUCCAUGGAAUCUCUGCAUCUCCAUUGCAUAGGGCAACGGAAAAAUCAGGGCUUGCUGGAUGUUCUGGCACUUUCAGUACCUUUGACCUUUACAAUCAUGAUGAAGGAUCUCAGGUAGUAGAAAUUGUGGAAAAUUCAAUGUUUAAAGCAAGGAAAAUGGUUGAUGUAGCUGUGCAGGCUAUGUCCUCUCUGAGGAAUGGGGAAGAUGCUCUCACCGGCAUUGAAGAGGCUUUAGAAUCUAAAAAUGAUCAGUGCUUUAGAACUGAAUCUAGCAAAUCAAGGAUAAGAUGUAUUCCUCAUCCAGGAAAUGGCAAUAGUCAGAAUCAGGCAGUUUCAAGUAUAUUACAGCCAGCAAUAACUCAUGUGCUCAAUCCACGAGUGCAAUUUUCAUCUGCAGAUGUGCCUCAAAUCCUGUCAGAGUUGAUUUCAUCCUGUGUUGCUGCUGUUCUCAUGAUUCAGGCUUGUACCGCGAGACAGUAUCCUCCAGCUGAGGUUGCACAGAUACUGGAAUAUGCAGUUGCAAGUUUGCAGCCAUGCUGUUCACAAAACCUUCCAAUCUACAGAGAGAUAGAGACAUAUAUGGGCAUCAUCAAAAAUCAAAUGCUGGCACUAAUACCAUCAUCAAGCACCAGUUUUUGUCCAGAGGUUUCAGUGUAAUCCAAUAGAGGUGAAGCCAAGUGAGCCAUUUGGCAUUUUUGGAAUUAUUUUUGUUGGUCUUCUCUUACCUGUGGGAGGAAACUUUAUGACAUCCUAAUAAGUAGUGGAAAGCUUUAGUUCCUCAUGGAAGGUAUAUCACAUUACAUGGACAGCUGGAUUAGGCAGUACACAUAUAACACUUCCUGUUAAGUCAUAUGGAGUUGAAUAUCAUACAAUGUGGAAAAUGGAAGCAUGUAUUGAGAUGCAUAUUUAACGAGUAAUCACUGUUUAGAAGCCAUGCUAAACGGAAGCUAGCUUUAUUUCUGGGUUGAUGCACAUACAAAUUGAUAAUGCGAAGUUUUUCUUUUUUCUCUUGAA